AUGAUUACCUCCAGACACUUAUAUAAAAGAUUGAUCCCCAAUCUAACAAAAGUCACUCCAACAGCAACAAGGUUUUUCUCCAGUAGUUUCAUAAAAUGUCAAGAAGAAGAAUUAGUAAAUUUAAAUAACUUACCUAGAAAAUCAAAGGGUGAUAUUCACGUUCCUUUAGUUAAUCCAACUGAAAAAUAUAAAGAACAAACUGAAGAAUUACAUAAAUUCGGUAAAUAUAUCAUGGGUUGUUUACCAAAAUAUAUUCAACAGUUUAGUGUUUGGAAAGAUGAAUUGGUUUUAUAUAUUGCUCCUUCCGCAGUUAGACCAGUGAUGGUUUUCUUGAAAAAUCAUACUUCUUCUCAAUUUAAAGCUUGUAUGGAUGUCACGGCAGCAGAUUAUCCUUCUAGAACUAAUCGUUUUGAUGUCGUUUAUAACUUAUUAUCUUAUCGUCAUAAUUCAAGAAUUAGAGUUAAAACCUAUGCCAGUGAAACAAGUCCAGUUCCUUCGAUUGUUCCAAUUUUCCAAGGGGCUAAUUGGUUUGAAAGAGAAACUUAUGAUUUAUUCGGGGUUUUCUUCGAAGGCCAUCCUGAUUUAAGAAGAAUCAUGACCGAUUAUGGUUUUGAAGGUCAUCCGCUCAGAAAAGAUUUCCCAACUACCGGUUACACUGAAGUAAGAUACGAUGAAGAAAAAAAGAGAAUUGUUUACGAACCUUUGGAAUUAACCCAAGCCUGGAGAAACUUUACCGUUGGUUCAACCUCUUGGGAACCAGUGGGUGAUGGUCAAGAUUUCACUCCGGAAUCUUUUAAAUUACCUACUCCUGAACCAGAACCUCAAACUGAUGAAGGUGAAAAAAAAUAA